AAAACCCAGGAGCUAAGGCUCACUUACUCAGUUGACAUUUUGCAUUAAAGCAUCCAGCUGUCUAGGAGAGGAGUUGCAACCAAAUGCUGUCGGCGGGUUUGGGAAUUAAUAUGCCAGAGAGAUGCUGGCAGGAAGAUCUGAGGCAGAAUUAGGGGAUCCGAAGAUGGAGAAAACAAAAGAGCCAAAGAACAUUGUUUGUAAGCAAGACAACACUCACCUUCUCAACUCUCAGAGUUUCACCUUCUAAUCAAGUCCAAAGGAGAUGGAUUUUCUUUUUUUCCUUGCUUUUUUCCUUUUCCUUUUUUUAACUUUUCUUUCCAAGAGGGGCAAAGAGAAUCUCAAGAUACAGCAUUGUCAUCUGACAUCAACUUUCAUGGCAGCCAAUAACAGCAAAUCCCAGCAGAAACCCACAGUCUCCUUUUCCCCCAAGGAAGGAUGUCCUCCUUUGAUUCAAGCUGUUCAUCACGGUGCUUUUGGUUUGGUCCAACAGCUGUUAGAAGAAGGAGCUGAUAUCAAUGUCCGGGGGGUGGGGGGAUGGACUCCACUGCAUAAAGCUGUGGCAGAAUGCAACAAGGAGAUGGUUCAGCUUUUACUAGAUAAAGGUGCUGAUCCUUAUAUCAGGAAGGACAAUGGUGCCACUCCCUUCAUUGUAGCUGGGAUUAUGGGUGAUGUGAAUCUCCUGAGACUUUUUCUUUCUAAGGGCUCAGAUGUCAAUGAACAUGAUAAUAAUGGGUUCACAGCAUUUAUGGAAGCUGCCUGUUAUGGUGAAGUGGAGGCAUUAGAAUUACUAUAUGAAAAUGGAGCGAAUGUGAAUUUAGGACGACAAACUAGUGAGGAACAAAAGAAAUUGGGCAAAGGGGGGUGCACAGCCCUAAUGGAUGCAGCCCAAAAUGGUCAUGUCAAUGCAGUGAAAAUCCUUCUUGAAAAGAUGGGGGCAGAUGUGAAUGUUUGCGACAACAUGGGCAGGAAUGUUUUGUUUCAUAGUUUACUGAAUGAUGAGAUUGCAAAUGUGAAACAGAUUGUACACAUCCUCCUAGCUCAUGGAACUGAUGUCAAUGUGAGGGGAGAGAAAGGAAAAACACCUUUAAUCUUGGCAGUAGAGAAGGAUGAUGAGUUAGUAAAGAUGUUGCUGGAAAAAGAUGGCAUAGAUAUCAAUGAGACAGACAGUGAUGGCAACACAGCUCUGCUGCUUGCUGUUGAAAAGAAUCGUGUUGGCAUUGCCAAGUUGCUCUGUGAAAGUGGAGCCAAAGUAGACUGUGGAGACCUCAUUAAUAUAGCUGAGAGGAAGUACAACAAGGAUAUGAAAAGCCUUCUUCGGUACUAUGGCGCCCAUGAGAAUUUCCAUUGUCCUGAUGAGGCCUGGGAACCAAACAGUCAGCGAUGGCGAGACCCGCUGAAGCAGCUCCAUAAAAUGUACCGUCCCAUGAUUGGCAGACUCAAGAUUUUCAUUUAUAAAGAGUACAAAAUUGCAGAAACUUCUGAAGGUGGGGUGUAUCUGGGGUUCUAUGAUGGAAAAGAAGUAGCUGUGAAGCGAUUCCGGGAAGACAGUGAACGGGCUAAGCAGGAAAUUGCCUGUAUCCAGCAGUGCCAGAAAAAUAGCAAUUUGAUGAUGUUUCAUGGGAGAGAGAGUGACAAGAGCUGCUUAUAUUUGUGCUUUUCUCUUUGUGAGAGUACUCUGGAGGAACAUCUGGCUGGCCAAAGAGCAGCAGCCUUGAAGGAUGAAGACUUCACCAAAAACAUUCUCAAGUCCUUGUUUAAGUUAGUACAAGAACUACAUGGAAGCCACUAUACCCACCAAGACUUGCACCCAGGGAAUAUCUUGAUAGAUUCUACAGGUAAAAUUUGUUUGGUAGAUUUUGAUAAGAGUGAAAAAUUGGAUGAAGCUCAGCAGAAAAUUAAGGACGAUCUAAAGGCUCUUGGGAGGCUGGUCCUGUAUGUGGUGCAGAUGGGGAAUGUCCCCUUCUUAGAAAUCCAAACCCAAAGUGAUGAUGAAGUCAUAGAUGCUUGUCCAAAUAAUGAAAUUGAAGAUCUUGUGGAAAAUCUUCUCCUCCCUGGGGCAGAAUUCCAGAGUCAGCUAAGUGAAUUGCUCUCUCAUCCUUUCUUCUGGAGCUGCAAAACUCGUUACAGGUUUCUUCGAGAUGUGGGGAAUGAAUCUGACAUCAAAACAAGAAAUGAGAGCAGUAUACUCCUCAGAGAACUCAACUCUACCGACCAGUUUAAAAACUGGAGAGAUGAGAUUGAUAAAUAUAUCAUGGAAAGUAUGAAUUCAUAUUAUAAGAACAGACCCUCCUACAGGGAAACUGUUGGAGACUUGCUGAAAUUUAUCCGGAAUAUAGGUGAACACAUUGAUGAAAAAAAGAAUGAAUGGAUGAAGAAAAAAACUGGGGAACCUUCCAAGUAUUUUCAGAAGACUUUUCCUGAUCUAGUGAUCUAUGUUUACCAGAAAUUGAGGGCCAUAAACUAUAGGAAACAUUUCCCCAGGGCUGACAGUUCUUUGCCUGGGUAGUUGACAACAAGCCAGCAUGACUCCUGACAAGGAUAUUUUGUUUAAGUUAUUUUUCUCAUGCAGCAUAUUGGAUGGAUCCUACUGAAUUCAACAAAUACUUAAUGAGAAUUUGUAAAGCUUUAUGUUAGGUACUUUGAAGACGACAAAAAAACAACAACUUCUUUAAGGAGUUGACAUCUUAGAAGGGAGGAUAAAGCAUGCAGAUUGAUAAUAAAGCAGUCAUUUGUGAAAGUGUAUAAAAGUAAUGACUCACUAGGAAUAUUAAAAGGAAGGAGGUUUUGCUAGGGAAUUAGAUCUUCUCAUCUAAAUCUAGACAAUAUGACAAAUAUUGAUCUUUAUGCACACCUGAAAAUGCCACUCCCCACAAAUUUCAUUUCACAAUAACCUCAACAGAAAUCUUAAAUGCUUCCUUUAUUGAUUAUGACACAACCAAAAUUAUAAUCAGUACAAGAUAUUUGAAUAUCCAGGCUUAAAUGGAAAUGUCCCUAAAAUAUGGCCUUAAAAAUAUGUGGGUCAGAAAUAAUAGAGACAAUACAUAAUUGUGUUAUAGAAAACAAUAACAAUAGAAUGACAGCCAAAAUUGUCAUUAAGAGAUAAUUUCUAGCUCUGAACCAUUUCCCCCCCCAACAAACUAGAGGAAGAAUGAAAGAAUUAUUUGGGCAUGUAACUAAAACUAAAACUAAUUAAAUAAACAACCCCAACUACACACAAAAAUAUAAAUUCUGAAGAUCAUUGAAGAGGCAACAUUACUUGCUUCCUUUUUCCUGUCAAAAGCCAAAAACAACAACCAAAUGAAUUUGUGAUGAAUAAAAACUGGAUUUUUUGGAGGAAAAACUAAGAAAAUAGAUAAAAUAUUAGCUAAUUUUAUGAAAAACAUAUAGGAAAACAAAAUUACUCCAAAAUAAAAAAAAAUUGCAACAAAUGAAGAAGACACAAAGGAAAUUAUUAGUAACUGUUUUGCCCAAUUCUAUGCCAACAAAAAUGAUAACAAAUAUAGCUGUGCUAUCCAAACCAAGAAAAGAUAAAACAGAGAAAGAAAACAAUAGACAUAUCUUUAAUGAAUACUGAUUAAAAUAUUAACAAUGAGACAAAACAGUAUAUCAAAAAAGAUUAUACAUUAUGACCAGAUUAUUUUUACCCUAGUGAUACAGGGUUGGUUAAAUAUUGUGAAAAUUGCAAACAUAAUAGACCAUAUUAAUAGGAAAAACUAUUUUGAAAUGCAUUAUCAUGUCAAUAGAUGCAGAAAAAGAUUUUUGACAAAACAAAAUACUUUUAUUAAGUAAUAACAUUUGAAAACCAAGAAUAAAUAUAUGUUUCUUUGACAGGGUAAAUAGUAUCUAUCUAAAAUCUGGACUUAGCAUUAUCUCUAAUAGAGAAAUACUAGAUACAAUUCCAAUAAAAUCAAUAAUAAAGAAAGGAUGUUCACUGUCAUAUUAUUUGAUAUAGAAAUGCUAAUUAUAACAAUGACAGGAAAAAGAAUAGGGGAAUAAGUACAAGCAAAAAGAAACAAAAUUAUAUCUUUUUGCAGAUGAUAUUAUAGUUUACUUAGAGAUCCCUAGAGAUUAAAAAAAAAGAAACUGAAAUAAUGAUUAACUUCAGUAUAGCAGCAGGAUAUAGAAUAAAUUCAGAAUUUCAUUCUGUAUAUUACUAACAAAAAUCAACAGAAAGUGAUAGGAAAAGAAAUUCUACUCAAAUGAAUUCAGAAUGUAUAAAAUAUCUGUCUCUUAGAAAAGAAAGAGAUAAGCCUUUUCCAAGAAAUCGACUUUCUGAAAACUAGAAUUGAACAAAUGUAAAUCAAUGGCUCAGUCAAAAACCAAAACCAAAACCAAAAAAAGAAUAAAAUCAGAGAAUUUAAAGAAUUGAAGAAAUUUUAAGAUAUUUUAGGUAAAAACAUUCAAUUCAGAGUUAGGAUAGACUGGAGUUCAAAUCUCACCUAAUUUGUUUAUGGUGUACCCCUUUAUUUCUAUAUCAGGUAUCCAUUGUGACUUUAUCUCAGUGUAUGGUGUGAGAUUUUGGUUUGUGCAUCAUUUUGGCCUUACAUAUUUACUUACCUUUGUGACCUGGGAUAAUUCACUUAACCCUGUUUACCUCGGUUUCUUCAUCUAUAAAAUGAGCUGGAGAACGAAAUGGCAAACCACUCUAGUAUCUUUGUCAAGAAAGCUCUAAAUGGGAUCAUAAAGAGUUGAGUGUGACUGAAAUGACUCAACAACAACAAAUUCCUGAUUUAGGAAAAUGGAGUAGGGGCAGUAAGGAGAAGGGAGAGGAAUUCUAUAGUCCUAUCACCAUCAAAGUCAAGCUAAGGAUUCUGGCUUUUUCCUUUGAGAUAAAUGAAUAACACUUCAUUAAAGUCCUACUUUAAUAUGGCAUUGUGGUAUGGAGAAUACUGGACUAUCAAAGGCUAUGUAAAAAAAAAAAAAGUGAAAAUCUGAUGAAUCCUUCCAAAUUGGAAAGGGACAUGAAGCUGACUAGAAGCAUCUGUCAACUGAAGAAGUCUCAAGCCAAGUUUUUCAUCUUUUUAGAGUGAUCACCAGAAGCCUGGUCACCAUGGGAUGAUUUUUGUUGUUGUUGAUACUCAUGAAGACUGUAUACUGAGAAAAAGAGGGAUUGUAAGAAGUAUAGAUUGAGUGUAUUACCCACACUGAAGAAAUCAUAAAAUCCUUUAAUUUUAGUUUACAGGACACUUUCCUCACAAUAGCCCUGGGAAGGAAAUAUUCUGGUCCCCCAUGAUGAUGGAAAAUGGGUUUAAAAAGUUUCAAGUUAUUUACCAAGAGUUAUACAACCAUAAAGUGUCAGAGCCAUGAAUCGAGAAUUCUCACCCAAUUCUAAAUCUUUGGAUUUGGGGAGUCCAAGUCCUUUCCAUUGUACCCUCUUGCUAAAAGCUGGAGUGUGCAUUCUGGCCCAGCAAGGCUUAAAUUCCUAUUUCUAGGUAGUCAAAGGGACAUUUUGACAUGCCUUGGGGAUUCAGAAAACAGACUGAUAUUGAUCUACAACCAACUUAUAGCCAUUGCGAUGCAGGCUUUUCCAAAUCAAUGUCCCCAUUGAAGGUUUAUUUCAUUCAAUGUCUUUUGACAGUCUACAUCCCUGGGAAAAGGGAGUGAUAGUGUGAGAAAUAAUUUGACCUCUACUUCUGGGAGCCAUCAAGUCCAUGCUGUCUGACACAGUCACAGGUGGAAACUGAGGACUGCAUGGUGGUCCCCAGGAAGGAUGGAAACAUCUAUUCAGACCCAACCCCCCACUCAUGUGACUUCUUUCUUACUAACACUCCCUUAUUAUUGGAAUUGUUAUGAUUAUUAUUCUUACCCAGAUCCAGGGGAACAUAGAUGAGAGCAAAAUGCCUGCAGGGUCGAAAUAGAUGUCCCACUUUAUUCCCCUAGAAUAUUGCCAGAAAACGCUACUUACAGAAUCAAACCUAAGGAUUCCUAUGUACCCAUUUAUAUGGGGGAUCAUAGAUGGGACCCCCUUCUCUAGGUAUAAAACCCCCUAACACAACUGUAUUUAGAUUCUCCACCCCCAUACAGGCCAGGGAUAACAAGUCUCCCUGAUCUGGUAUAUUAAUUGCCUUUCAUGGAAAAGACUGGUACAUUCCACCCCACCUCACUGGAUUGUUUUGUUAACUAUUGGCAAGGUAAUAUGUCUUGGAAACCUUAGUGAAACAUUAGAAAAUGAAAGCCUGAUAUUGGAAAAAUACUUAAAACUGGCUUAUGUCUUAAUACCCUCUGACCCUGCUGACUUGGCAACAAUGUUGUGUUAAUUAACUCCUUAGAAGUCUGAUUGAUUAUGUAUUUGAUUAGUGUAAUGAAUAAUCACUCUUAGCUUAACUGCAUGUCUAAGCACCUCUUGGGUUAAUGAAGAAGUGAUGUAUAGUUAAGUCUACCCCAUGACGAGAAAACAUCCAUCUUCUGUAAAGCUUUGCAUUUGUUGAUAGAAUACAUUGGAAUCAAAGUAUGUAGGAUAAUUGUAGAAUUUUAAUCAAAUGAUUUGUUAAAAGUUAAUGUAUGACUUAUUCUAUUACUUGUAAGGAAGCAUGUAUGUUGAAAAAUGAAACUGUGUGCCAAGUAGAUACUGAAGGUAUAAAAAUAAAGAUCACUCCAGGCCAAA